GCCGGUGUGAGAGGGAGCCCCCGGGAGUUACUGGAGAUGGUCCAGACGUAGAUAAUAACCAGGGAAGCGGCGACCGACUCCCAGUACGUGGUGCGAAGCAACGACCGACUCCCUGUCCUUGGGAGUGUGGUGCGAAGCAGUGACCGACUCCCCGUCCUGUCCUUGGGAGUGUGGUGCGAAGCAGUGACCGACUCCCCGUCCUUGGGAGUGUGGUGGGAAGCAGUGACUGACUCCCCAUCCUUGGGAGUGUGGUGGGAAGCAGUGACCGACUCCCCGUCCUUGGGAGUGUGGUGCGAAGCAACGACCGACUCCCUGUCCUUGGGAGUGUGGUGUGAAGCAACGACCGACUCCCCAUCCUUGGGAGUGUGGUGGGAAGCAGUGACUGACUCCCUGUCCUUGGGAGUGUGGUGCGAAGCAGCCACCGACUCGCCGUCCUUGGGAGUGUGGUGCGAAGCAACGACCGACUCCCUGUCCUUGGGAGUGUGGUGGGAAGCAGUGACUGACUCCCCGUCCUUGGGAGUGUGGUGCGAAGCAGCGACUGACUCCCCGUCCUUGGGAGUGUGGUGGGAAGCAGCGACCGACUCCCCGUCCUUGGGAGUGUGGUGCAAAGCAGCGACCGGCUCCCUGUCCUUGGGAGUGUGGUGCUAAGCAGCGACCGACUCCCCGUCCUUGGGAGUGUGGUGCUAAGCAGCGACCGACUCCCUGUCCUUGGGAGUAUGGUGCGAAGCAGCGACCGACUCCCCGUCCUUGGGAGUGUGGUGCGAAGCAGCGACCGACUCCCUGUCCUUGGGAGUGUGUUGUGAAGCAGUGACCGACUACCCGUCCUUGGGAUUGUGGGGCGAAGCAGUGACCGACUCCCUGUCCUUGGGAGUGUGGUGCUAAAGCAGUGACUGAUUCCCUGUCCUUGGAAGUGUGGUGCGAAGCAGCGACUGACUCCUUGUCCUUGGGAACGUGGUGCUCUCUUAUUUGUGAUCCUGCCGAAACACCGCAUUUGGUGUACAGUUAGGAUAGAAGUGAACAAGAACUGCAGUGGUUUUGUAACCUGUCUCCUUAUUAUAAAACAUGUUUAUUAUAGAAAAUGUAAAUAAGCGAAAUAGAAAAUAGCAAAGUGUUAUAAAAAUAAAAAAGAAAGUCAAAUAUAGAAGUCCUCCAGUUCAGAGAUUACCACUGUUUUGAGAUACGUACAUUUAGCCUUUAUUCAUAGAAAAUUUACUUUAAAAUGAGGUUCUGUUAUACAUACUGUUGAAACCUCCUUUUUCACUGAAUUAAAGUUAAUUUAGUUUUGAGAUUUUGGCUGCAUUCUUUGAAAUAACUGGCUGUUCCUUCAGGUAGCCUAAGGCUUGGGAGCGGAUAGUCUAGUGAUUAAAAAUUCCUGAAGGACUGAGGAAAAUGUAAAACAUCUUCAGCUUUACUGUUAACAGGAAAAAAAAAAAUCUGUUAAUAGAAAAGAGAACUUCUAGUUCAAGUAUUUUGUUAUCCAGCAUCCUGUCUGCUGGAUUCUUUAAAUUUUCUUUCUGUGAAUCUGUUUUACAAGAAUAGUAUGUAUUCGUGGUGACAAAGAAAGCAUUUGUGUAAGAUCCUGAAAUCAUUUCUGAAGUGGACUUUUUAAAAACCUGUUUAAUGUAGGGAUAAUGUUAUGUGAGCUUGUUCUCUGUAUUUCUUUGAAAGUUAUGGUAACUGUUAAGGGAAUAUCCGAGGAACUAGACUGUCCUUGUCCCUACUGUAUUGGCUCUCUGGAUCUUAUGCCCUUCCUUACACAGAAAAUGAUGAGCUGAAACCACCAUCCUCUGGUAGUAGGUGCUCCGAGGCUUACCUUUGAAGCUCCAGAGUGCCUUACAGGUUGCUUUGGCGGAUCUCAUCAUCAUCAAUAAGACAGACUUGGUUCCAGAAGAAGAUUUAAGCCAAUUAAGGAUGACGAUUAGAUCAAUAAAUGGACUAGGAAAAAUUUUGGAGACACAAAGAUCAAGGGUCGACCUCUCUAAUGUGUUAGACCUUCAUGCCUUUGACAGUCUCUCAGGAAUAAGUUUACAGAAAAAACUUCAGCAUGUAUCAGCCACCCAGCCUCACCUUGAUCAGAAUAUUAUUACAGUCACAUUUGAAGUACCGGGAAAUGCAAAGGAAGAAAGUCUAAAUGUGUUUAUUCAGAAUCUGCUGUGGGAGAAGAACGUGAGAAACAAGGAUGGUCACUGCAUGGAGGUCGUCCGAUUGAAGGGGCUGGUGUCCAUCAGAGACAGAGCACAGCAAGUGAUCGUCCAGGGUGUGCAUGAGCUCUAUGACCUGGAGGAGACCCCUGUGAGCUGGGACGAUGACACCCAGAGGACAAACAGAUUGGUCUUUAUUGGCAAGAACUUAGAUAAGGAUAUCCUUAGACAACUAUUUAUGGCCAUGGUGACAGAGACAGGAAAGCAGCAGACAACACACUGCAAGGAAGGUCGAGCUUGUCCAUAACAGAAGCUUUUCUUACUGAAAGAAUCAGGUGAUAAUAAACAGGAAUGCAUUUCCUACUGGAUGUCCUUCAGGGUCCUGUUUCUUGGCAGUACUUACUUACGUUAUGAAUCCAACGUGUUAUUUUAGGUAUUUAUUUUGUAGACUACACCACAUACUGUCAGUCAGUACUGUGAAACAUUUGACCUUCAUGUGGUGAAAUGUAACAUCUUCGGAAGUGUUUUUUGUUGGUUUUAAGACAGGUGGUUCACAAAAAUUGUCUUCCAGAAUUGACUUUGCAGUCCACGUAAUGCCGAAUCACUCACCUGUGCGAGUUAUUUGUAAUAAUAAUGAUAAAACUCACCUGAACGUUGUCUUUUUCACUUAGAACUUGAGCUGACUGCAUAGAUAUAAUGAUUGUAAGGUUAUUAAUAAAAUCUUUUAAAACAAUUAAA